CGCGAUGGUGUCCGGGCAGUGGUGGCUGGUGCUCUGGCUGCCGCCCCUGGUCACGCUGUCAGCGGGCGCGAUGUACAAGGAGGAGACAACGUUGUCAGUUCCAAGAUGUAAAUCUCUGAAGGAAACAGACUUAAUUGAAACUUCUGUGUCAGACUGCUAUUGCUACAAUCAACAUUCACAAAUAGAGUGGACAUAUAUGUGGUCAACUGUGCAGGUGACAGUUACCAGCCCAGGCCUGCUCAGUAUUGUAUAUAUCACAGGAAGUCAUAAUUGCCAGCAUACAGAAACCAUUCUAUCAUUUAUCAAAUGUGUGACUCAUAACUUUUGGGCAUCAGAGGAGACUAAGGAGAUGACCAUAGUCUUCAGUCCAUAUGGAGAAACUGUGUGCUUCUCUGUGAAGCCUGUUGGGAGGAUACUUACCUACAUAGUAAGCGUGAAUCGAAACAUUGUGGAUUUCAAACUCUUCCUUGUGUUUGUGACAGGCAUUUUCCUUUUCUUUUAUGCAAAGACCUUGAGCCAAAGCCCUAUUUUCUAUUACUCUUCGGGUACCAUGUUAGGUAUUCUAAUGACACUAGUCUUUGUCCUUCUGAUGGCUAAGAAACACAUUCCAAAGUAUAGCACAUUUGGGGCGCUAAUGAUUGGGUGUUGGUUUGCUUCAGUUUAUGUUUUGUGCCGGUUGAUGGAAGAUCUGAAGUGGCUGUGGUAUGGAAACAGAAUGUAUGUAUUAGGCUAUGUGUUGUUUGUUGGACUUUGUAGCUUUGCUGCCUGUUACAGUCAUGGGCCUCUUGCUGAUGAGGGGAGCAGAAACCUUCUGAUGUGGACACUGAGGUUCCUGUCCCUGAUUCUGGUCUACACUGGUAUGGCCUUGCCUCAGUUUGCCUAUGCUGUUAUGAUCCUCCUCCUCCUGUUCUCCUGGAGUCUGCACUAUCUGUUGAGAGCACUCAGCUAUCUGAGGUGGAAAAUGAGGCCAUGGUUCACAGCAGAACCGCUGGUGGCAAGGUAUCUCACUGAUGACGAGUAUAGGGAGCAAGCUGAAGCUGAAACAGCCAGCGCUCUCGAGGAGCUGCGCCAAGCCUGCUGCAGGCCUGACUUCCCUUCCUGGCUGGCUGUCUCCAGACUCCAAGCCCCUAAAAAGUUUGCAGAGUUUGUUCUUGGAGCAAGCCACCUGUCACCAGAAGAAGUCAGCACCCAUGAAAAGCAGUAUGGCCUUGGGAGUGCCUUCUUGGAAGAACAGCUCUUUAGUCUGCAGACUGACCGUCUGCCUGAAAGUUGACUUCAUUCUGAGCCAAAAAGCAAGUAAAAGGCAAAGAUCCUAUUCCAGCUGGGCAGGACCCAUGCACCUCAGAGAAAAAUAAGCCAUGGAAGUAAGGAAAAAACUCAUUUGCAUUUGCACAAGAGAGCUUUGCUGUGGUGGUGUGAAGACUGAAAGAGUCGUUGCUGUUGCUACAUGCUCUGAAUGAAGAAGACCUUCACGGGAACAGUAGAAACCUGUUUUUUAGGACCAGUGACAGGACCUGAUGCCUUCCCUUCACCAGGCACUAACUCCCCUCUGGAUGCUCUAGAGCUGGCUCAAAAGGCUGCAUUAUUGUCCCCCCACCCCCAACCCCUAUUUUAUCAGUAUCGAUGCUUUCUAAGGUGCGGUUCACGUGAUAGUAGGAAGUACUGUUGGAAUUCUGAUGCUGGCUGAGGGUAACUCAGAGUCACAUACUCUGCAAGCUCCUCAGUCUUUAGUGCUAUGAAGUCAUUAUGGGUCUCCUAAAAGACAGACAUCAUGCACAAGGCUUCUAACUUAUUUAACCACAAACCAUUUUUCGUGAGAUGGUAAUCUUUAGAACUCAUGUUUGGAAAUGCUAUUGGUGAUGGAAUUUAGGUUUGAGAGUCAGAAGUGUCACCAGCAGCCUUGGCAACACUGCAGCCCUGGUGCAUCUGGGACUCAGGUGUAAGAGACUUCUUCACAUGCAGGUCAGGGCUAUCACCCUACAGCCUUGGUCUUAUGGUCUUGGUACCUCAAAGUUUUCUUUUGUUUUGUUUUGUUUUGUUUUUUAAGCAAUGCCCAACUAGCUAUUUAAUAACUGUGAUUUAAAAAUACAUUUCUUAGGAUUAUAUUUAAUGUUUUGAUAAGGUUUUAUAUACAGAAAGAUUAAAAAUUAUUACUUUUUGUACUUUUUAUAUAUCGAAAUUAAAAGUAUGGAAGCAUUUGUGACAUUUUGAGAUUGAUUUUUAAAACUGAUUAUAUAUGUUUACAAUGAAUUCUCACAAAAUAGAUUUGUGAUACUUCUUUCUUUUUUUAGAGAGAGAAAAUGUUUGUUUCUUGAUCCAUGAUAAACUCCAGGAUGCUACUGACUGCUUUGAGCCCAAGGAAAGGCGCAGAAACACAGCCGUAAGAGUUGAGUAUGGCAGACAUUCUGUGAACAGAUGGCUACUUGGUCCUCUGAGAAUCAAAGUCAGGUUGUUUUAUCUUUUGUAGUGUGAUGAUAAACCAAUAACAAAAACAAAAGGCAUGAGAAAGGAGGGGGACAAGACACAGUCUUGAUCACCGUCAUCCCCAGAGUGAUGCUGACUUCAGGACUUCCUAGAUACAUUUUCAGAUGAUGUUCUCUGUGUGCAGCGCUAGGUUUCUGCCUCUGCUUUUUGACAGAUGUAUGUAAUACCAGGAAUCUUUUUCCUUUCCUUAGAGACCUCAUUCAAUUCCAUCUGAGCCUCUUCAUGUUGAUUUUAAAACGUCAAAGAAUGGGGUCUGGAGAGAUGGCUCUGUGGUUAAAAAGAGCCUUACAGAAGAUCUGAGUUCAGUCCUCAGCAACCAAGUGUCGUGGCAGCUUGCAGCCAUCCAUAACUCUAGUUCCUCUGACUUUGCAUGCACAUACACACAGGCAAAACCACUAGUGUGUAAAUAAUGUGCUUCUGUUCAUUUUGGCAGCUAUUUUAUAAAAAUAGACAGGAGUCGUAACAUUUUGUCACA